AGCAUUAUCUCUUCUGUUUCCUGGCCAUAGUCUUAAUGUUUACACAGAAGUUAAUAGCUGCAGAUGGAAAUGAAAUCAAUGUAGGUGCGAUUUUGGAUGAAACUUGUCGCAUUGGUAAAGAAGAGAGAGUAGCUAUGCAAUUGGCAAUUGAAGAUUUUAAUGGAGAUAACACCAAUCGAAGCUUGAUCCAACUACUUAUUCGAUACUCUCAUAGGGAACCAUUUCAAGCAGCUCUUGCAGCUAAGGAGCUUAUCAACAGACAAGUAAAAGCCAUUCUAGGGCCACAAUCUUGGGAAGAGGCAUCUUUAGUUGCUGACGUACUGGGUAGCAAAAACCAAAUCCCACUUCUUUCUUUUUCCGACUCGGCUCCAGAAUGGGCACCGGAGCGAUGGCCCUUUAUGCUUCAAGCUUCACCCAACAAGUAUGCUCAAAUAAGAGCCAUAGUUGAUAUUGUGCAGUCAUGGGAAUGGCAUCAAGUUACUUUAAUUUACGAAGACAAAGAUUCUUCAUUCGCUGGAUUAAUGCCUCAUCUCUCUGAUGCCCUGCACGAGGUAGGUGCUGAGAUAAGUCAUGUUUUAGCUCUCCCUCCAUUUGCUUCUUCUUCUUCUUCAUUGUCCAAAGAGCUUGGAAGGCUUAAAAGAAGGCAAUGUAGAGUGUUUGUGGUUCAUUUGUCGUUUCCAUUGGCGGUACGCUUGUUCACAAAGGCGAAGAAAAUGAAAAUGAUGGAGAAGGGUUAUGUAUGGAUCGCUACUGAUGCUUUUACAAGUCUUGUUCAUUCCAUUAAUGCCUCUGUCUUUUACUCAAUGCAAGGGGUUCUAGGAGUAAAGGGCUACUUCCCUGACAAUGAGCUGCGUUUUCAGGUUUUCUACGAAAGAUUUCGCAGAAGAUUUAGAUCGGAAUAUCCAGAAGAAAAUAACCAUGAGCCUGGGAUGUUUGCAGUGCAGGCUUAUGAUGCAAUGAAGGCGGUGGUUUUAGCGAUAAGGGAAAGCAACAAGGGAGGUCAAGACUUGUUAGAGAAGAUUUUAGCUUCGAACUUUGAUGGUCUAGCAGGAAAGUUUCAUUUUAUUAAUCAGAAAUUAGCUCCAAUGCAUACAUUUCAGAUCAUUAAUGUGAUGGGAAGGAGUUAUGGGGAACUGGGGUUCUGGUCUGAUGGACUUGGUUUUUCAGAGAAUAUCACUGCUAGUGGUGCAACGUAUAAGUCCUCUAUGAAAGAUCUGGGACAAGUGUUGUGGCCGGGGGGGCCUAGGUCUACCCCAAGGGGAUGGAAUUUAGCAACAGAUGAUGAUGCUAAGCCACUGAGAAUUGGGGUGCCUAGUGAAUCCACAUUCAAGCAAUAUGUGGCAGUUGAAUUCGAUCAACUGCAAAAUUCUACUUCCUUCAAAGGAUACGCAAUUGAACUCUUCAAGGCAUCCGUGCAAAAGUUACCAUUCUAUUUGCCAUACGAAUUUAUUCCCUUCGAGGGCAAAUAUACUGAUCUGGUGAAAAAAAUUCAUUUAAAGAAUUUUGAUGCAGCAGUUGGAGACAUAGCAAUAGUGGCAAACCGAUUCGAGUAUGCAGAAUUUACUGUUCCGUACACAGAAUCACAACUGGUGAUGGUAGUUCCUCUUCGGUCAAAAUCAAGUAGUAAAGCAUGGUUAUUCGCAAGGCCUUUUACUAAAGCCAUGUGGAUUCUGAUAUUCACGAUAAAUGUCUACAAUGGUUUUGUAGUAUGGCUGAUAGAGAGAAAUCACUCCUCUGACCUUAGAGGCUCCUUCCUCAAUCAAAUGGGAACUUUGGUCUCUCUGUCCUUCACCACUCUCUUCUCCUUGCAAGGGGCAAAGUUGCAUAGCAAUUUAUCACGCAUGGCAAUGGUGGUUUGGCUGUUUGUGGCACUAAUUAUCACACAGACUUACACAGCUAAUCUCUCCACCAUACUCACAGUUUCAGGGCUUGUACCUGCCAUAGAUAGCAUUGAGUCGCUUCAAGCAAGCGAUGCACUUGUUGGUCAUUUUGGUGUAUCAUUUGUUGCAAAAUAUUUGGAGGAGGUGUUGCACUUUAAGCCCAGAAACAUGAAAAAUUAUUCCUCGCCUGAAGAUUGUGCUAAGGAACUUCGAAAUGGAGGAAUUGAAGCUGUUUUUCUUGAAAAACCAAUUGCCAAAUUAUUCCUUGCUAGAUUCUGCUGGGGCUUUGCCAUAGCUGGACCAUCUUUCAAAGUAGGAGGCUUUGCAUUUGCAUUUGCAAAGGGCUCUCCGCUACUUCAUGAAGUAACAGAAGCACUAGUGAAAGUAACAGAGAGUGGUGAGCUUCAAGAACUAGAAAAAGCAAUGAUUGGUUCUCAAAAGUGUGUAGUAAAUCAAGAGGAAUCAUCAGAAUUAGAAGAUGAGACAUUCAGCCUAAGCCCCAGCAGCUUUUGGAUGCUUUUCAUAAUAACUGGAGGCACAUCAACACUUGCUCUCCUCAUUUAUGUUUUUUACUACAAGCAUAAAAUUCAAGAAUUUGGCCUUGUCCAUGGAAUCGUAUGGAUGCUAAUGUACUUUGACGUAGUGAGGCGUUGGAAGCAUCACGAAAAUCAACUCUCUCGGGCUCAAAGAUUGCAUGCCAAUGACCAUGAAGCUCCAAGUCCAAGAAAUUCUUCAACCACUGCUUCAAGAAUUGUGAACUCAAGUUUAGCUAUCGACUCCAUGCCAUAGAUCAGCUAUAAGGAGCUCAAAUUUUGUUAAUUUUUAAAAUAUCAAAAAAAAAACUUCACAUAUACGUGUAUUGUUUCUAUGUAAACAUUUCACAUCUUACUUGAUAUAAAUGCAGCAGCAAAAUUAACAGUA